AGGCACAAAAGCAUGAAAACGGCUUGUUCGUAGCUAGUGCAUUUAUAAUCAAUUACCGUGCAGAUUACCUCAAUAGGUGGAGAAAAAUGGAUCUGAGAUAAUGCAAGCAUACACAAUUCGACUCUGGGAAUGGAACAUAUGCAAUAUGAUUGAUUACCUUCCCUUUAAUCUAGACACCAUCAUCCCCCUAUCUUCAUCAUGUCAAAAGUUAAAGAUCACCAGCAAUCAAAGACAAAAACACUCACAGCUUCCGUGCUGUCUAUUUCAGCUACCAUUAUUGCAAUCUUGACAUGCAUUCAGCUCACAAAGGGUGGCAUCUCCUCCCUUUUAUCAAUGCUUCACCUCCGUUCCAAUGAAGCUCCUCCCUCAAUUUCACAACGCAUCACGGACAUGUUUUCUUCAUCCGAUAUCUCCUUCAAAACGAUUGCAAUCGGAUUAGGAUUGAUUUAUACCAUCUUGGCAAUCAUUCCACGUAUUCAAAAAAGCUUUCAAGCAGAUCCAUUAGCAAAGAUUCCCAUGAUGAAACGAGAAUCUUUUCUUUUUGGUAACUUUAAUUCAGAGAAGUCUUCUGAAUAUGACGGACAAAAGACUAUUGAAGCAGCACGCGAACUUGGCUCAAACGUUUUCCUCUUACCAAUGCCAAUGGGAGCUUGGCAAUUGGUCAUAGGUGACAGUAUCGCUCUUAAUCAUGUCUUGGGUGAUAUUGCCAAAUUUCCAAGUACGCCAUUCCGUCACGAAUUCAUUCGAUUUGUCGUUGGAGGAGGCUUGAUCGUAGCAGACUCAAAAGCACAUCCUCGUCAACGCCGUGCUUAUGCACCUGCAUUCACACAAAGUCAUGUUCGUACACUUGCACCAAUUUUCACCCAAAAGGCAGACGAAUUAGGAGAAAAGUUGUUGACUUUUGCACGUAAUGGAGGUCAAAAAGAAUGGUCAAGCGAUCCAAAAGGAGGCUCAGUCGUAAACUUUUCAGAAAUGCUGGAUUGUGCAAGCUUUGACAUCAUUGGAAAAGCUGGCUUUGGCGUCGAUUUUGAUUGUAUUCAGCAUGGUCUGAAAGGAGUCAAGCUUGCAAAUGGAUAUCAAAAUAUGCUUCAAGCAUGUGUUAAGUUUGAUGUGCCACGUAUCCUUCUCAUCAUCUUCAGUAGCUUCACCCGUGCAAAAUGGUUAGGCUUGCCAAUCAAUCAUGCUAAUCGUACGAUCCGUGACCAAAAUCUUGAAAUUGAUCAAUGGUCACAGAUGGUGAUCGAAGAAAAGGUGAAGAAGACACAAGCAAUGCUGGCUGACGGUGGUGAUACCGCAAAAGAUGAUGGUAACGGUGAACCACUUGAUUUGAUGGAAAAGAUUGUUCGUUCAAAUGAAGCUUUGAGAAACAAGAAUGACGCGAUCACCGUUUCCGAAAAGGAGCUACGCGAAACAAUUCGCUUGAUCUUGUUUGCCGGAUACGAGACAAGUUCGGUCGCAACCAGUCUUACACUCAAUUACCUUGCUCACGAUCAACGCAUUUUGGGUAAAGUACAAACACAAUUACUCGCAUUUCUCGAAAAGAGACGAGAACAGAACGGUGGCGUGGAUACCAGACUGAACGCUGAUGAAUUGCAAAGUGAAGAAUUGCUCCUGUUGACAAAUUGCAUCAAGGAAACUUUGCGUCUGUCACCUGCUGUUAUCAAAUCUGACCGUCAAGCAGCAGAAGACUGUGUGAUCCCGUUGGGAAGACCAAUCCCGAGUCGAGAUGGAAAGGAGAUGUUACAUCAAAUUCACGUUCCAAAAGGCACUAUUCUCGGAGCAUGCUUUAAAUUACCCAAUUCCGACGAACAGAUCUGGGGUCCUGAUCCCGAACAAUGGAAUCCUGAAAGAUGGACUAAUUUACCCAACACUUACAAGAAUGCAAACUUCCCCGGUCCUGCCGGUGUUGCAACAUUCUCAAAUGGACCUGCAAGUUGUUUAGGAUCAAGAUUUGCCAUGUUGGAAAUCAUUGCACUCUUGGUUGGUGUUUUGAGCCGUAUUCAUUUGGAACCUUCAAAGUAUGAAGUCAAAACGUCUCCUGUCAUGGUUUCACGUCCUGUCAUUAAAGGUAUGGAUAUCGUUGGUUUACCUUUACGCAUCACGCCACUUCCUCAUCUUUCUUAAAUUGUCACAUAUAUUUUCGUUCCUGUACAUAUUGAGAUUCCUUUACUAUGUGAGAUGCAACUGGGAUUUAGAGCGCUUGAUCAGACUUUGGAAUGAUGAAUAUCAGGGAAAAGGGGGUGAACACAUGAAUUCUGG